AUGAUCCAAAAUCUUGAAAGCAGUCAUAUCGACCCACUGAGGAUAAGCUUGAAAGAAGAGUAUGCCCAUUGUUUCCAUGUAGAAGCAGAGCCGAAUGGCAAACCGUGGUACAAUGAUAUCAAAAUAUACUUAGAGAAAUGGGAAUACCCUGAAGGAGUCAAGAGUGGACAAAAGAAGACCAUCAGAAGAAUGACAAAUGAUUUCUCCCUGAACAAAGAAAUGCUGUACAAAAUGAAUGUCGGACUUGGCCAUCUGAUGAAGGAUAUCUGGGAGGAAUUCAAGAUCACUCACCAAAACUCGACAGCCUACCGGCCACAAAUGAACAGUGCCAUAGAAGCAGCCAACAAGAAUAUCAAGAGGAUAUUGAAGAAAAUGACAUACAAUUACAAAGGUUGGCACGAGCAAUUUCCUUAUGCUUUACUAGGAUACUGUACUACGGCCAGAACUUCAACAGGAGCAACUACAUACCUGCUGGUCUAUGGUAUUGAAGUUGUUAUACUUGCUGAGGUCGAGAUACGUUCCUUAAGGAUCAUCCUAGAAGCAAAAUUGGACAAUGUUGAAUGGGUUCAAGCUCGAUUUGAGCAAUUGACUUUAAUUGACGAGAAAAGGAUGGUUGCCGUAUGCCACGGUCAACUAUACCGACAAAGAAUGGCAAGAGCCUUCAACAAACGAGUUAGGACUUGA